AUGGCUCCUAAAAGACCGUUGGGCUUUGGAAAAAGCUCCAAGGCGAAGAAAAGCAAAGCAGAACCAGAGCCCGAGGAGGCUCCAGUGACGAACGAGCUAACUGUGGAGCUCCCGCAAGAGGUGGAUGCUGACGAUCCUCUGCGCCAACUCGAAGGAUUAUGGCUUACGUGGAUAAGAUCAGAUAAAGAUAACGAGUUGAUCUUGAACGGUAUAGUUCACGAAUGCGACCGUCUGCUGAGGAACUGUAAGCAGAAUGGCGGGGACGAGGACAUUGAACUGACUCCGUUGUUUUAUGCCAUUUACGGCAGGUCUCUAGCCGGCCUGGCCCAGUUCAACGUCGAAGACAGCGAAACGAGCGUUACCGAGUACUUUGAUAAUGCCAUUGAGCGGAUCGAGGAUGGUAUGGACAAAUUCCCGGGAGAGGAGGUGCUUUUAUUUGCCAAAGCGCAAAUUAUCAUGGAUAGAAUACCUUUGGAGUAUAUUUCACAGAUGGACGUGGAAUCAACCAAGACGAAGUUCCCAGAUAUAGUUGAAAUGCUGGACGAGGCCACAAGGUUGCUUGAGUUGGGUACGAAGACGGCAGAGUCGAAGGAAAAUUACACAAUUUUCAACGGCAGCACAGUGCUAGAUAUAUUAGACUCGCUUGACGACUUGCUGGAUAUUGUGGACAACUUUGGCCGCAGCUACGAAGAAGGUCUGGAUAGCGAUGCGGAGGAAUCAGACGAGGAGGAGAUUUUGCCCGAAACUCAGUUAUCCUCAUCGCAUCCGUUGUACGAAAUUAGGAACACGGACAAAUACAACAUUUUCUGGCGUGAGGCCAUGAAGGAAAGCCUCCGUCUUUUGGACAAGAACGAGAAGCCCGAUGCAGCCAUUAGACGCAAACUUGUGAAAAAAUUAGGACAAUCGUACUUGAUGGAAGCCGAGGAGCCUAUAUCCAUAUUUACGACGCUGGAAUAUGACUCCGACGCCGAGGGGCAGGAAAUCAACGGAGUCUCUGCAACUGCCGCCAAGCAGGUGGCACAGAAGCUGGUUCGCACGGCUAUAGAGUAUCUGGAAGGGGCCUGGGAUGAGGAGGACCCGCAAACCUGGGUAGAUCUUGCCGAAGCAGAGAUCUCAAUGGGUAACCUUUUCGAAGUUGGCGGAAGCGAGCAGGAGGACUGGUACGCACGUGCGGAAAACAAGCUCGUGCGGGCCAACAAUGCCACGCACGGGAAGUACGAGGAGGUGCUGGAGAACCUGAGAGGUAAAUAA